AUGUCCAAGCCGGUGUUUGUCCAAGCCGGUGUUUGUCCUCCUCCACGGUCCGUGGCGCCUGCUCUCCCAUCGUCCAACGCCGAUCCGCUUCCGCCGGACUGGCUUGCAGAUGUCGAGACCAUCCGUGAGACUGUUUCUGCUUUGGUCAACGAACAUGACACCGUCAUCGUUACGCACAGCUUUAGCGGGAUGACCGGUGGUACAGCCCUAAAGGGCCUCGAUAAGCAAACUUGUGCCUCUCAAGGUUUGAAAGGCGGCGUUAUACGACUUAUCUAUAUUGCUGCCUUCCUCGUUCCCGAGGGUUUCCAGCACUCGCCGCAAGGUACGCGCGAUAACAUGAUGUCGGAAAUGAAAACGGAUUUCAAGACGGGAGUUGUUACCGUGCUACCUGAGGAUGUUAAGGAUAUGUUUUAUCAAGAUCUUGACGAGGCAACUAUCAAGGAGCUAGAGAAAGACCUUCGUCCGCAUAGCCUAGGCUCUUAUUGGGGCACUACUACCUAUGCUGCUUGGCGUCACAUUCCGACUACCUACAUUAUUGGUAAUAAGGAUAGACUUACAACCGUCGCAACUAUCCACCACCUAAUCUCGGCGGCGAAGUCGAGUGGAACGCAUAAAAUCGAUAACGUGGUUGAGGUUGAUGCCGGUCAUUCCGUUUUCGUGAGCAUGCCCCAAUGGACUGCGAAAACGCUCAUCGCCGAAGCCGUCCGACAAGCCUAA